AUGUUUGAAUAUGUCGGAAAGAGGAAGAGUGGCGAUAUCUUGAUGGGGCUGCUCCAGCUUCCACGCCAGCAAUUCAGAAAUCUCGGGUUGCCCGAAACUUGGGAUUUUGUAACCCUAGCCGUCACAGCAGUUGUAACUUGCCUGCUUUUUUACCUUGCAAUCGCAUCGCGGCAGGACCUGGAUGAUCUCAAGGUUCCUGUUAUUGGGUAUAACAAUCCUUGGGAGCCAAAUAUGUUUGUCCGUCUGAGGUUCAUCCGCGGAAGCAGGUCGAUACUUCGUGAAGGGUAUCGUCAAUACAAACACUAUAUGUUCAAAGUCCGUCGUGUGGGAACCGAUAUCCUUGUAGUUUCCAGUCAAUACAUGGAGGAAAUCCGGCACUUAACGAAAGACGCGACUGGAUCUGUUCCACCACUUGUCAAGGACUAUCCAGGGGAAUGGGUACACGGCACGCCUUUUCUCCGAAGUACCCUACAGAAUGUCGUUCUUCAACAAAAUCUCACGCCAAACCUGCCUGCGAUGAUUCCCACGAUGAUUAAGGAAAUGAAUGCUGCGGUGGAGUCUGAAUUAGGGGCUCAGAAAGACUGGACAAAAGUUGACAUUCAACCUAUCAUUGCCCGCAUCAUCACAAGGAUUACAGGCCAGAUAUUCCUCGGUGAGGUGGAAGGUUCCAAUGAAGAGUGGUUAGACGCUACCAUACAUUACACUGAGAAUAUGUUUCUCACUGGAUGGGUAUUGCGGUUCUUUCCGCGUUUCAUGCGUCCUUUGGUGGUAAUUCUGCUUCCCAGCUAUUAUAGGCUUCUGAAAAAUGUGCACAGUGCACGACGAGUUAUUGGAAGAAUCGUAUCCGAGCGCAGAGCCAUGGAGGCCCAGGGAACGCCAGAGUAUCGGAAGCCUGCCGAUGUCUUACAAUGGAUGAUGAAUGCCGCGACUGGGGAACAGGCUGAGCCGAACGACCUAGCCCAGCGAAUGCUACUUCUUAGUGUCACAUCUAUUCACACGACGACUUUGACCAUGACGCAGACGAUCUAUGACCUCUGUGCGCACCCGGAGUACUUCGAGCCUGUUCGGAACGAGGUGGUUGAAGCUCUCCGCAGACACAGGGGAUGGAACAAGUCUACUCUCACGGAUAUGAGCAAAACAGACAGCCUGCUAAAAGAGACGCAGAGAUUCAGUCCUAUCUUCUUACUGACGUGGAAUCGGAUCACAGACAGGCCAGUCACCCUCUCAAAUGGACUUUAUCUGCCCGCUGGAACUCGAGUUGCAGUACCAUCAAACGAGAUCUUGCAGGAUCCUGCCAAGGUUCCAGGUAUUGACCCUUCAGUUUAUGAUGCUUUCCGCUAUUCUCGCAUACGUGAGGACCAGGGCCAUCCUGGCAAUGCGCAAAAAUACCUCAUGGCGAAGACUGAUCUUGACAAUCUUGCAUUCGGGUACGGUAAAUUUGCUUGCCCGGGUCGAUUCUACGCGGUAAAUGAGAUGAAAAUGAUCUUCGCGCGCAUGUUGCUCUGCUAUGAAUUCAAGUACCCUGAUGGCCAAGGCAGACCACAGAACUUCACUAUUGAUUCAGAUUUGUACCCUGACCCUCUCACGCGCUUACUGAUCCGGCAGCGAGAUUCGAUCGAGGACGGGAUAGAAGAACUUUUGGAAACUUGUUGA